AUGGGGACAGCGGAGGUGCUCCGCCCGCACGACUGCCUCGCCCGCGCCAGGCGGCCGCUGCGCCCCGGCCCCGCCGGGAGGAGGGCGGUGGCGGCGCGCCACCACCAGGGCCAGCGCCACGGCGCGCGCGGCGACAUCGCGCGGGGCCCCGCGACGGCGGCGGCGGCCGCGACGGCGCCGAGGCAGGUCCGGACCAAGGUGGCCGCCGCGGCCGCGGACGCGUACGCCGGCCCGGCGUUCGGCGCCAUGUCGCCGUCGCCGCGGGCGCUGCCGCUGCCGCGGUUCACCCCCAGGACGGCCGCUGACGCGGCGCCGGGCGUGGACGACGCCGCCACGCGGGAGCUUCGGCGGCUGCUGGGCCUCCAUUGA